AUGCUCGGGCGCCUGGUGCUGCUGCUGCUGCGGCUGCUGGUACCCGCGCGCGCCCCGGAGCCCCGCGCGCAGGACGUGAGCCUGGGCGUGGUCUGGCUGACCCGCUACGGCUACCUGCCGCCGCCCGACCCCGCCCAAGCCCAGCUGCAGAGCCAGGAGAAGCUUCGGAACGCCGUGAAGGUCAUGCAGAGGUUUGCGGGGCUGCCCGAGACAGGCGAUCUGGACUCAGUGACUAUGGCCGCCAUGCGCAAGCCCCGCUGCUCCCUGCCUGAUGUGAUGGGGGUGGCAGGGCUGGUCCGCCGGCGGCGCCGCUACGCCCUGAGCGGCAGCAUGUGGAAGAAGCGAACCCUGACAUGGAGGGUGCUCUCCUUCCCAGGGAACUCGGCCCUGAGCCCAGAGGUAGUCCGCACCCUCAUGCACCACGCCCUGGCCGCCUGGGGCGUCGAGUCCGGGCUCACCUUCCAGGAGGUAGCUUCCGGGGACCCCCAGGGGGCCGACAUCCUCAUCAGCUUCUCUCGGGCCUACCACGAUGACAGCUACCCCUUCGAUGGGCCAGGGGGCACCCUCGCCCACGCCUUCUUCCCCGGGGAGCACCCCAUCUCGGGGGACACUCACUUUGACGAUGAAGAGACCUGGACUUUUGGGUCUAAAGACGGCGCGGCGGGGACCGACUUGUUCGCGGUGGCGGUGCACGAGUUCGGCCACGUGCUGGGCCUGGGCCACUCGUCGGCGCCCGAGUCCAUUAUGAGGCCCUUUUACCAGGGCCCGGUGGGCGACCCCGCCGGGUACCGCCUGUCCCAGGACGACCGCGACGGCCUGCAGCAGCUCUACGGGAAAGCGCCCCGGACCCCGGACGCCAGACCCACUAGGAGGCCCCUGCCCCGGCCGGCCCCGCCCCCCGCAAUGCCCCCGGACAGCCCCGCGGCCCCAGACAGGUGCGACGGGAACUUCGACGCCGUCGCCAACAUUCGCGGGGAGACCUUCUUCUUCAAGGGGCCCUGGUUCUGGCGCGUGCAGCCCUCGGGACAGCUGGUGUCCCCCCGGCCCGCGCGGCUGCACCGCUUCUGGGAGGGGCUACCCGCGAGCGUGCAGGAGGUGCAGGCGGCCUACGCGCGCCCCCCCGAUGGCCGGAUCCUGCUGUUCAGCGGCCCGCGCUUCUGGGUGUUCCAGGAGCGGCGGCUGGAGGGCGCGGCGCGGCCGCUGACCGAGCUGGGGCUGCCGCCCGGGGAGCCAGUGGACGCCGUGUUCUCCUGGCCGCUCAACGGGAAGACCUACCUGAUCCGCCAGCGCCGCUACUGGCGCUACGACGAGGUGGCGGCGCGCCCCGACCCCGGCUACCCCCGUGACCUCAGCCUCUGGGAGGGGGCGCCGCCCUCCCCCGACGGCGUCACGGUCAGCAACUCAGGGGACACCUACUUCUUCAAGGGCGUCCACUACUGGCGCUUUCCGAAGGGCAGCGUCAAGGCAGACGCCGACUCCCCGCAGCCCAUGGGCCCCGAGUGGCUGGACUGCCUGGCGCCCCGCCGCCCGGUGACCACCACCCUCCAGCCCGGAAGCUGUCACUGUCGCUGCGAGCUCAGUCGGGCGGCGACCCGACCGGUGAUGUCCCCGCUGCUGCCCCUUCUGCUCCUGGGCCUGGCGUCCCGCUGUUGA